CUUGGAUUAAUGUUAACACCAUAUGGCACGCUUCAAUAACAUCUUCUCAUGUUGCGAAACUGACGAAGUUGAUCAUCGAGGGCUGUGGUAAUUUGAAAUAUCUAUUCCCAUCUUCCAUAGCGCUGGGCCUUGUGCAACUCUAUAGUCUGAAAGUCACAAACUGUAAUAAGAUGGAGCAAGUGAUCACAGGAGAAGGAGCUGAGGACCCGUUUCCUAAACUAUUCACUAUUAUUUUAGAGUCUUGUCCCAACUUGAAAUGUUUCUAUGAGGGAAGUAGUCGGCUUGAGUUUCCACGGUUGUACGAAAUUACUGUUAUUAACUGCCCAGCUUUGGUUGCUUUUGCUUCUUCAUUUUCAAGUGACCAAAAGAAAGAGAUAACAACUAAUGACACAGAAAGUGAAGAAAGGUCUGUCAUCCAUACUCAACCUUUUUUCAGUGACAAGGAUUGUCAUUACAUUGUUUCUUGGGAUUAAGAAGAAAUUCUUCACAAAAAGAAUGAUCCUUUUCUGAUGAGGUAUUUUAAUUUGGAGUUUUUAAUGUUGUUUUUAAUUAAGUAAAUCUAGCACAACUUA